GUUAGACUCGCUAAGCGAGCCACUAGCUCGACUCUCUCGGGCGGCCAAACCUGAGCGCGAAUUUUCGAGAUCGAUUUCGACCCGUACGACAACUCCCAGCGCCAGCCCGCGAGACGACGACAAGAUGGUCCUCGCAAAGAAGCACGUCCCCAUCGUCAAGAAGCGCACCAAGCGUUUCUGGCGCCACCAGUCCGACCGCUUCAAGUGCGUGCCGGAGUCAUGGCGCAAGCCCAAGGGUAUCGACAACCGCGUCCGUAGACGCUUCCGUGGCAACAUCCCCAUGCCCUCCAUCGGCUACGGAUCCAACAAGAAGACCAAGCACAUGAUGCCCUCCGGCCACAAGGCUUUCCUCGUCCACAACCCCAAGGACGUUGAGCUCCUGUUGAUGCACAACCGCACCUACGCCGCUGAGAUCGCCAGCGCCGUCUCCUCCCGCAAGCGCGUCGACAUCAUCGCCAAGGCCAAGGCUCUCGGCGUCAAGGUCACCAACCCCAAGGGCCGCGUCACCACCGAGGCUUAAAUGGAUAUGGAAUGAAUGUAAAGAAAGCCCAAGAAAUUUCAUCAUUUUCAUUUUCAUUUUUCAUUAAACUCUUUCCACUUAUACCAACCAAAUGGGAACCAACCACUUUCGGGGGACAUAAAAAAGCAGCAGCAACAACUACUUCACUGUGGUAGUGGAGUGGCUUGUUUGUUGUGAUUGGGGACUUGCGGAGCCUUGAAUCAUCGCAUCUUCUAAUGUGGGCUUUGGCUUUGACGUUGACGACGUAUGUGCUGGAUUGCAGCGUUUCAUGAUGACUGAUUUACAUGCAUGUGGGUCUUUUGUCAUGGCGCUUGUGGUCGUGGCUGGUGCUGCCAGUCUGGGAAUAAAAAUUCAAAUCUUAUGAAGACUUUUUGAUGACCUCGAAGCGUGGGUGUAGUUGUAUCUCGUAGCUUGGUAGUUGGUCCCAUUUGGUGUCGUAUCCUAUCGUAUAGACUAUAGCUACGUAAAUGGCCUAACCUUCUCUCGUUCUUCUCGACAAGCUAGGAGUUCUGCUAUUGUACGUACGUAGUAUCUAACAUCCAGC